AUGGCUCCAUCUUUCCUCCCCGAUCUUCCACCCCAUUAUCGAUCUCUGCUCGACUACUUCACGCGCGUCGCCGAUUCGUUUUCCUGCGACGAGCUUGUGAAGAGAGACUUCUACACCACUUUCAUGCCAAUGGCGAUUUCUAAAUCCCAUGUAAUGGCCUCUAUGCUCAACUUGGCCGCCGUACAUAGGGUUAAUGCCGGGUUAACACAAAAUCCCACACAGCUAGCCCUUCUACAAGUAGUAACUGUUGAGCAACUGCGUUCAAAAGUUUCCCAUACUUUUGCUUGUCCGACAGAUGAUAUUAUGGCGACCGUUUUGAUGCUGUGCUACUCAGACAUUGUAGCCGGUGGUGAUAGGGCUCAUUCCUGGAGGCUGCAUUUAGAAGGAGCGGCGUCUCUCUUUACCCGUGAUACAGCGGUAUGGACCACGAAACCCCGGAAUUCUACGUCCACAUUCCUUGCCAGGUGCUUUGUCUCACUUGUGGCGCUUGCAAAUGUGUCUGGUCAUCCUCCAACUGAAGGUGUCUCGAGGCAGGCUCUUCGAAUGAUUGAGAAAGAUGGCCAGCCAGGAUACAUUGACGAGUUUACAGCUUACUCGACUGAUCUCGUACAAAUAUUUGUCGAAAUCGGCACUCUAUUGAGAAACCGACAUGGCGUAUUGAAAGAAAUCAAGCUGCAAGAAGACGAAUCCUUGAAGCUCGUCCAAAGAGUACAAACAAUGGUGAAUGACCAGCAGCCCGCUUUGGAAAAGGGUGUCUUGUCCACCUUGUCUUCGACUCGGAAAGAAGAGUAUUUAAAGAUUAACGAGUCCUACCAUCAAGCAGCCUUGCUACAUAUUUAUCAACGAAUUCGGGGCCUUCCAUCAUCAGCGGCUGAGGUCCAGGAAAUCGUCCGGCGCAUUUUGGCACUGCUAUCUGGUAUCAAGCUUCUCAACGGCCCCUGUCCUGGAAUCGUGUUACUAUUUCCACUAUUUUCAGCUGGAUGCGGAGCGAUUGAGGGGGAUGACAGGCAACAAGUGCGAGCCUUGUUGACAGACAUGGUAAAAAUGUUUGGAAUCAAUACUGUUCAGCACAGCUUGAAGGUUUUGGAAGCGCUUUGGACUCACCGAGAUGUGUAUGGCGAGUCUGAGACCAGCAUCGCCUGGGAGACGUUUAUUGACGGGAAUAUUGAUCUUAUCUUGUAUUGA